AUUUAUGGGGGAUCACCAUUGUCUAGGAGUGCAAAGCCUCCUGAGCUCCACGAUUUCUCAGAUUUUAUGUGAAGGGCUAUUUCUGUGCUUUUAUGUCAGCACCCUGUGUCUGGCAUUUGAACCUGUAUAAUCUUUUAAAGAGUAAAAGAGCAUUAUCACUAAGUUUCUUGCACUCAUGCCAUGGAAUGAGCAAUUAGAGCAUAGGGCACAUGUGGAGAAGCAGCCAUAUUUCCUGCAUGUCCCAACCAUGGGAAGAAUUCAGGGUAGGAAAAAAUGUUUGAAGACCUUCCUGGGGCUCCACAGUAUGAAACCAUCUCUUGACAUUAGCUGAACUCUUUCCCUUUGGUUUUCUUCAAAAAGUGCAAGCAGACUCUGCUGGGUUCAGGUGAGGGCAAUGGAAGGUGUUAAACGGCUGGGCUGGGUCCACCUGGACACUUCAGGGAUUUCUGGUUCCACCUGGCUCCACAAUUUAAAAGGUCUAGGCUAAGAGCCUAGUAAGAGAGCAGGAUGGGUGUUGUAGGGCAGUCUAGGGCUGCAUCAGGAGCUAUGCUCUUCUGGGUGUUUCUUUGUCCCCUGGCUUUGGUUCUAGGGGCUCAUGUCAGUGUUUUUUCUGAUCCUACCCUGCUGACUUGUGGCCAAAAAAGCUUACAGCUCACCUUACCUCCAGGCUGGGAAGGGAAUGCUUCAUUUGUGCUGACUACUUGGGAUACUGAAGGGAAGGCACAUGCUCUGCAGAAUGACUCUGGCUGUGGGCUCUUGGUAUCUAGGACUCCAGAUGGCUCCAGGAAAGUAUCAGUCUCUUAUGCUGGCUGUUACGUCUUUGAGUGGGAUCACAAUUACCUUAUACUGGUUGGGCUUGAAAGAACAGAUGCUGCUGGGCAAAAGGUUCUUUAUGAAGAGACGCUGCUCAGGUGCCCUGUGGACCUUCCUGCCCUAGAUGCUCCAAGCAGUAGUGUCUGUUCAGCUGUUCCCAGCCAGGACCGGCUGCCAUGUGCCUCCCUGCCCAUCAGCCAGGGAGACUGUGAAGCACGAGGCUGUUGCUAUGACCCCAGAGACAGCGUGAAGCCUUGCUACUUUGGUAACACAGUGACAGCUCAUUGCACACCAGAUGGCCAGUUUUCCAUAGCUGUUUCUCGAGAUGCAACCCUGCCACCUGUUGCCCUGGACUCAGUGCAACUGGCCAGUGGACACAGUACUGGCUGUGUCCCUGUCCUGACAAACAAUGCCUUUGUUGUGUACCAGUUUCCACUCUCGGCCUGUGGCACUACUUUUCAGAUAACUGGAGACCAGGCCAUAUAUGAGAAUGAGUUGGUGGCAAGCAGGGAUGUGAAGACUGGGAGCCUUGGCUCUGUCACUAGGGAUAGCAUUUUCAGGUUACAUGUCCGAUGUAGUUAUUCCAUCAGUGGGAGCUCUGUUCCCUUGAGUGUUCAGGUCUUUACAUUGCCACCACUCCCUGCUGUGUCCCAGCCAGGUCCACUGUCUUUGGAGCUGUGUGUUGCCUCAGAUGGAAGCUACACUUCCUACUAUACAGACAGUGACUAUCCUGUUCUGAAGACUCUGAGAGAGCCUGUUUAUGCAGAAGUCAAGAUUCUUCAGAGAACAGACCCUGAUCUGAUUUUAGUUCUGCACCACUGCUGGGCCACACCAAGCUCCAACCCCCAGCAACAGCUCCAGUGGCCAAUUUUGGUGGAUGGAUGCCCUUAUGCAGGGGACAAUUAUCAGACACAGCUGAUGCCUCCGAGUUUCACCUCAGGACUACUGUUCCCCUCUCAUUACCAGCGUUUCACCCUCUACACGUUCAGCUUUGUGGACCCCACUGCCCAAGAGAAACUCUCUGGGCUGGUGUACCUGCACUGCAGUGCAUCGGUGUGCCACCAGUCUGUAAAGGAGUCCUGUGUCACCACUUGUCCUUCCAGCGUCAGGGGUAAAAGGAAUGCUGAGCAUCCUUUUCAGGAAGGCACUUCCCACGUCUCUGGCAAAGGCCCUGUGAUUUUCCUCCAGGAUGAGCUAAGACAGGACACAGCCAAGGAUGGCCGCAGAGCGACGGUGCAGGCUACAGCCCCCUGGGCUCUGGGAUUUGCUGCUGUGGCAACUGGGACAGCUCUGUUUGUGGUGCUUGUGGUUUCUGUGCUGUGGCGAAGGAAGGUGUCAGCAACACAUGAAAUCAACUGAUUGCAAUAAAGUGACUGUCAAACCCA